GACUGUGGCGUCCGUACGGCCGUUAAAUAUCGCAGACACAACAACAACAACAACAACAAAGACGGACUACGUUUGUACAAUGGCGCGUUUAUUGUUGCCAAACCGUUUCUGUGUUAAAUACAGACAUUUAGCAGGGAAUGAGCAUUGUGUGUUUACACUAUCGUUCGGUAGACGAGUCCUGCAGCAAAAAAGAAGAUAUAGCAGAGAUCCUAACAGGUCCUUUUCUAAACACGGACCAAUGUCUAGUUUUUGGAUCUGUGGUGUAGGUCUGGGAUUAACUUUAGCCGUAGGACUGAAGUACCGCAGUGACCAGAAGAACAGCCGUGAAGUGGCAGCAGCAGAUAGAACUCAACUGUACAAAAGUGCAAUUAAAGCCAGUAGAGACUUUAGCGAACGGAUUAAGGUAGGAACACAGGACGAGGUUGGGGCCCCCGGGCUGGUCGUUGGAGUUUCUGUGGAUGGUGAGCAAGUUUGGAGUGAAGGGGUUGGUUAUGCUGAUUUGGAGAAUCGUGUGCCAUGCGGGCCACAGACCGUGAUGCGAAUCGCCAGCGUCAGUAAGCCCCUCACGACUGCAGCCGCUGCCCUCCUGUGUGAGGAAGGAAAACUAGAUCUUGAUGCUCCGGUCCAGAAUCAUGUGCCCGAGUUUCCCCAAAAACAAUAUGAUGGACAGGAUGUCACAAUCACACCUCGCAUGAUUCUGUCCCACCUCAGUGGUAUACGCCAUUAUGAGAAGGAUGCGAGAAAAGUCAGGGAGGAGAAGGAGAAAGCAAAGCGACUUUUAAAAGCACCAGAAAAAGAUGAAGAUAAUGAAAAGAUCCAACCUGAGAAAAAAGAUAAACGCACAUCUGAACACACCAAAGGCAAAGAGGCCACUUCCACUCAUAUGAAACAAGAGCGUGAGCACGAGGAGUACUACAUGAAAAACAGUUUUGACAGCGUCAUUCAGGCCUUAGACCUGUUUAAAGAUGACCCCCUCAUUUUUAAACCAGGCUCCACUUUUCUGUACUCCACCCAUGCGUUCACCCUGCUUAGUGCCAUUAUAGAGCGGGCUUCCAGCCAACGCUUCCUGGAUCAUAUGAAGGGCAUGUUCCAUGAGCUGGGAAUGCACAACACUGUGCCAGAUGAGAAUGACCCUAUCAUUUAUCACCGUUCCAGGUAUUAUCAUAUCCACAAGAAAGGGCGUGUUGUGAACUGCCCGUAUGUAGACAACUCCUACAAGUGGGCAGGAGGCGGCUUCCUUUCCACUGUGGGGGACUUGCUGAUUUUUGGUAAUGCCUUGCUCUACAGUUUCCAAAUGGCCCACCUGGAGGACACUAAAGGCUUACUUCCUGGCUUCUUGAAACCUAAAACUGCCCAAGAUCUGUGGGCUGUAGUUGAGGGGACAGAGCAACCCUGGGAAAAGGAUGAACGGUAUGCCCAAGGCUGGACGGUGGUCGAGAAACAACAGAAAUAUGGCCAGUGCAAGACUUGCAGGUACUAUGUCUCACAUACAGGUGGAGCUGUGGGGGCAAGCAGCGUGCUGCUGGUGUUACCCAGUGAGGAGAUAGCUCAUUGUCAAGGACAAACACCACUCCUCCCACAGGGAGUCGUGGUCGCCAUCAUCACUAACAUGCAGUCUGUGGGACUGAGUAGCACAGCACUAAAAAUCGCUCACGAGUUUGACCAAGCCAGAUGUCUGUAAGCUGUGAAAUGUUAAAGUUUACACCACACUGGAGACAUUUCGGGUAAAAUGGUGUGGAACCAUUGCCACAUUUUAAAAAUGAAGUCAAACUUUUAAUGAUGCAUUUUCUGUACAUUUUGUGAAUUUUGCUAAAUAAACACAAGCUACAUUACAUCACCACAUUUGGCAGAGAAGCUGUGUUACCACUAGGUGGAAGCAGUUUACUGUAUUUCUGUCAUAAUAUAUAUUUGUGGUUGAAUAGAUCACUCAUCUUCAACUGUUUAUCCGGGUCGCUGGUGAUUGAAUAGAUGCGCCCUUAAAAAUCUAACAAAAUAUUUUACUGCCAUUAUUAUUUCUGUACUAGAGAAAAAUAAUAUCUUUAUGCAGUAGGAUUUAGGGGUGUUUCUUUUUUCUUUUUUUUUUAGCAGAAGUGGAAUUUAGUAUUUAUUACCAUCGUGUGUGUGUAUGUGUGUUUUCAUGAGGUUAGAAUGAGCCCUUUAUGUCUACAGGGUAUUGGGCCACCCCAUGGAGACUGCUAUGUUGCACCACCUUGUAGAUACAGUAAUCCAAAGAGGUCUCACUUACUCUGCCUUUCACAUUU